CCUUUUUUCCUCUUUACCUCCUCUUCCUAUACUUUCCGGCAGUUUUUCAGCUCUCAGUCUUGGGAAAUCCCUGAAAUCCCUAAAGUCCUAGAAACAUCCUUUAAACAGCCCUUCUUUUGCUUCAAAUGAACAACAACGAGGAGAACCGUGCUCAUAUGGAGGACGACGAGGACGAGGGCGACGAAGACUACCAGUACGAAGAAGCGGCAGAGGAUGACGAUGACGGUGAAGAGGAUGAGGAUGAGGAUGAGGAUGGGGAUGAUGACGAUGGAGAGGAUAUUGAAGUUGAUAUCUAUGACUACGCUGAGGAAGACGACAAUGACGAGAGCCACGACGAGGACGAUAUCUUUAUGGAUGAGGAUGAGGACGAUGACGGUGAUGGCACUACGACAAUCGAUCUGGCAGACCUGUUAGGGGACGGAGUAGAGGGACAGCCUACCAGAAUCCAUCAAUUGGUGGAGAUCAUGCGGGCUCUGCAAGGCCGAAGCCGCAUGUCGACCGUACGUCGCCCUCCCAGGACGCCCUCUCCCAUCCCAGAACCUGAUCGUGAAAAAGGGAUUGAGCUUCUCAACUCUGGAGAGUUCGGACGAGUAGACUCAGCCUAUAUUCCAGCAAAGGACUUCAAGAAGAAGAGUAUUGCACGAAGGCUGUGGAUGAGGGAGCUUAAACCCCGUUCUAUCAAUCCUCUGGGUCUUGGAGAGUCCAUUUUGCCCGAUAACCCUGGUAGGGUUAUCGAUGUCUACAAUGCGGCCGCGUACUCUGGUCAGUACUCCGAGGACGGGUCUCUGUUUGCGACCUGCGAUAGAGACUUUCAGCUUCGCAUCUAUAAGACGGCCGGGAACAAGCUGAUUCGUGAGAGGGUGAUCCAGGGCAUGCCAGGACGCUGGACCAUCACCGACCACAACUUGUCUCUUGAUAACCACUGGCUGAUCUACUCCAGUAUCACCCCUUAUGUGUAUCUAACGCGGACUGCGGCAGACGCGCCUGCUACUCACCACCAGCUGGACUUUUCGACUGACGAAGAUGGGGAAGGGCUGUGGUCUGUUCGUUUCUCAGGAGACGGAAGGGAGAUUGUUGCCGGAGGCAGGGGUCGGAUUUAUGUGUACGACAUUGAGUCAAGGACGGUACUACAUUCGGUCGAAGCUCAUAACGGCGAUGUCAAUGCCGUGUGCUUUGCAGAGCCAUCGUCCUCUCAAGUUUUAUUCAGCGGUAGCGAUGACCGCCUUGUCAAAGUUUGGGACCGUCGGUCGAUGAGCGCAGGGAGAUACAGUACACCGUCGGGUGUCCUUGUAGGCCAUUCUGAGGGUAUCACUUAUGUUACUUCAAAGGGCGACAACCGGUACUUGGCUAGUAACGGCAAGGACCAGAAGAUGCUUCUCUGGGAUCUACGAAUGAUGCAUUCGAGACGAGAGUAUGCAGAGCUUCCCAAGCCCAAGAACACUGGAUUUGAUUACAGGACGGACCGCUAUACUGGACGCAGAUCAUACAAAGUUCCGGGCGACUGUUCUGUGAUGGCAUUUCAAGGACACAAGGUGUUGAAAACGCUGAUCCGCUGUCAUUUCUCACCAGCGCACACGACAGGCCAACGAUACCUCUACACCGGAAGCUCAGAUGGCAAGGUUGCGAUCUACCGUUUGGAUGGUACGCUCGUUCGAACACUGGACACCCGUAAGGCGUUCCAGCGGUACUUAAAAGCAGACCAGCCCUCGGACUAUGCUGCGCGAGAUGUGAGUUGGCACCCGUAUUAUCCGACGAUUGUCAGUUCGUGCGUGGCGGACUACUACGCGUUUACUGACACUCCCGGGGGCAUUGUGCAGCACUCGUUCACGCAGGCAGGGGAUUUGGAAUCGGAUAUGUCUGAGGAGGAAACACUACCACCACCACCACCGCUGCGUCAGCGCCAACGUCGCACAUUUUUGUUCUAGAGUAGAUGCAUAGCAUUUGCCAAAUGAAGUACAACACUGAA